AUGACCACUUCCCUGCCCGAUGGGCCGGGCGCCGCGGGCCUGGCGGCCGCCCGCGACCCGCCGCCGGCCGCCCAGGUGUGCGGCGCCGCCCGCGACCCGCCGCCCGGCCCCGGCCCCCGGCUGCCCCCGAGCGCGCGGCCGCUGCUGCCCCCGGCGGGCGGGACCCGCGGCCGGGCGGCGGACAGGAGAAAAAAGAAAGAUCUCGAUGUUCUAGAAAUGCCAUCUAUUCCAAACCCUUUUCCUGAGCUAUGCUGUUCUCCAUUUACAUCUGUGUUGUCAGCAGGCCUCUUUCCUAAAGCAAACUCAAGGAAAAAACAGGUUAUUAAAGUAUACAGUGAGGAUGAAACCAGCAGGGCAUUAGAAGUUCCCAGUGAUAUCACUGCCCGAGAUGUUUGUCAGUUGUUAAUCCUGAAGAAUCAUUACAUUGAUGACCACAGCUGGACCCUUUUUGAACACCUAGUUUAUAUAGGUCUAGAAAGAACCAUAGAAGACCAUGAGCUGGUAAUUGAAGUGCUCUCUAACUGGGGAAUGGAAGAAGAAAAUAAGCUAUACUUUAGAAAAAAUUAUGCCAAAUAUGAAUUCUUUAAAAAUCCAAUGUAUUUUUUUCCAGAGCAUAUGGUGUCUUUUGCAACUGAAACCAAUGGUGAAAUUACCCCCACAAAGAUUUUGCAGAUGUUUCUAAGUUCAAGCACAUAUCCUGAAAUCCAUGGCUUCUUACAUGCAAAAGAACAGGGAAAGAAGUCCUGGAAAAAGAUUUACUUCCUUCUGAGAAGAUCGGGUUUAUAUUUUUCUACUAAAGGGACAUCAAAGGAACCACGGCAUUUGCAGUUUUUCAGCGAAUUUGGCAAUAGUGAUAUUUAUGUGUCACUGGCAGGCAAAAAAAAACAUGGAGCUCCGACUAACUAUGGAUUCUGCUUUAAGCCUAACAAAGCAGGAGGGCCCCGAGACCUGAAAAUGCUCUGUGCAGAAGAAGAGCAGAGUAGGACAUGCUGGGUGACCGCCAUUAGAUUGCUUAAGUAUGGCAUGCAACUGUACCAGAAUUACAUGCAUCCAUAUCAAGGUAGAAGUGGUUGCAGUUCUCAGAGUAUAUCACCCAUGAGAAGUAUAUCAGAGAAUUCCCUGGUUGCAAUGGACUUUUCAGGCCAGAAAAGUAGAGUUAUCGAAAAUCCCACUGAAGCCCUGUCAGUGGCAGUUGAAGAAGGACUUGCUUGGAGGAAAAAAGGAUGUUUACGUCUGGGUACUCAUGGUAGCCCCACUGCCUCUUCACAGAGCUCUGCCACAAACAUGGCUAUCCACCAGUCUCAGCCAUGGUUUCACCACAAAAUUUCUAGAGAUGAAGCUCAACGAUUAAUUAUUCAGCAAGGACUUGUAGAUGGUGUUUUCUUGGUUCGGGAUAGUCAGAGUAACCCCAAAACUUUUGUACUAUCAAUGAGUCAUGGACAAAAAAUAAAGCACUUUCAGAUUAUACCAGUAGAAGAUGAUGGUGAAAUGUUCCACACCCUAGAUGAAGGCCAUACAAGAUUUACAGAUCUAAUCCAGCUGGUAGAAUUCUAUCAGCUCAAUAAAGGUGUUCUUCCUUGCAAGCUGAAACAUUAUUGUGCCCGAAUUGCUCUUUAGCAAAGCCAAAAGUGACUUGUUAAACUGUUGAAGGAAAAAGGACUCAAGCAAAUGAAAAAAGAAUGACCACAAAUAAAAGUGGAAUUAUUGCCAUAGUGAAAAGAAUCUGUUUCACCUACAGAUUACAAAUAUGGUUUGAGCAUUAUAUAGAAGCAAAGAUUUGGAUUUCCAUUUCAUCAUUUAAAUUUUCUUAGUUAAAAUUAAACCUCAGAAAAAAUGA